GCGGUUUCGAAGUUACGUAACAUUUUUAAGUGCAUGUCAGACAGAAAAUUAUUCAUAAACUGGGAAAAAUGCACUCAUUUCGAGCCCGUUUCGAGCAAAAAAGUCGCCUAGAUAUACCGGUACCGUAUCUCGCCCACUGGCCUUGCGCCCUCUGUCGAUCUGUUGUAACGUGACUAGCAUUUUCUGAGCCGAUUCUACAUUCUGCGAACAAAACUGACGUCGUUUUAUCCAGAUUUUGUAGCACUAACAUCACUAUGAGCUCGAUAGGAGCAGGGUAUGAUUUAUCAGCUUCACAGUUCUCUCCAGAUGGGAGGGUGUUCCAGGUGGAGUAUGCCAUCAAAGCUGUCGAGAACAGUGGCACGGCCGUAGGUCUACGAUGCAAAGAUGGCAUUGUCUUUGGCGUCGAAAAGUUAGUCACAUCAAAACUUUAUGAGCAGGGCUCCAACAAGAGAAUAUUUACAGUCGACAGGCAUGUUGGAAUGGCUGUUGCUGGUCUCAUUGCUGAUGCAAGGCAGGUUGUUGAGAUUGCAAGAGAUGAGGCAUCAGAUUACAGGGCAUCCUAUGGUACUCCUAUUCCUGUUAAACACCUGACAGAUCGAGUCGCCAUGUAUGCACAUGCCUAUACCCUCUACAGUGCAAUCAGACCGUUUGGAAGCAGUGUAUUAUUAGGAUCCUAUGAGAAGGACACACCCAACCUAUUUAUGAUAGAUCCAUCAGGAGUCUCAUGGGGAUACUAUGGAUGUGCGAUAGGAAAAGCAAAGCAAGGUGCAAAGACGGAGAUUGAGAAACUUCUGACGGGAGGUAAACAGCUCAAGGACCUCACGUGUGAAGAAGCCCUCAAGGAGGUCGCCAAGAUUAUUCACAUAGUACAUGACGAGAUCAAGGAUAAGGCCUUUGAAUUAGAGCUUAGCUGGGUUGGAAAGGUUACAGAUGGUCGUCAUGAAUUAGUUCCAAAGAAGAUCGCCGAUGAAGCCAUCAAGUAUGGCAAGGAGGCAUUAGAAGAACCAUCAAGCUCUGACGAGGAUGACUUGUAACCAUAGCAACCUUUUUUUUUUCCUGUGAAUAUUUCCAUUUUUGUACAGCUAUUAGAAUUAAACACUAAUGGUCGAGUACCUCGUUUUAUUAAUAUGUUUUUCAGCAGUUAAACUGUCCAACACUAAUGGAAAUCUAGUGUAUAAAUACAGCAAAGACUUGCAUGAAUAUAUUAUUCUAUAAAGAUAAAUGAAUGGUUGUUCAGUUUCUACUCAACGUAUUCAUUCUGUCAAUUCAAAUAUAUGAGUAUUUUGCAGACGGCUGAGAAGAACUGCUAUAUUUUGCAAAUGAAAAACCUGUAAUUUCUAUUCAUCCAAGUUAUGAGUAUUCAUGCCCUGGGGCCGUUUCAUAAAGCUUUUCGUAAGUUAAGAGCGACUUUAAGAACAACCGGUGAUCCUUUCUUGUGGUAAAUGAUAUUUACCAUUAAAUAUUUACCAUUAAAUAUUCAUUGGUGAUUAUUUACCACUUAAGAGAGGUUCACCAGUUGUUCUUAAAGUUGUUGCUCUUAACUUAUUAAUAUGAACAGCUUUAUGAAACACCCACCAGGGGUGCAUAACACAAAGCUUAGCAAUCAUCGUAGAAGAAUAUUUGUAUGAUUGAUUGCAUUUACCACAAUGUAGCAUCAAUCAUAAAAAUCAAUCAUAUGAUCAAUUGCUAACCUUUGUGUUACUGGACCUGUUAUACCAUGGAGAAAUUAUGAGAUGGUUAUAAGUUUUCAUGAAUCAUUUCAUUUUAUGAAUGGACCUACCAGGGCCUGUUGCGCAAACCUACUUAGCUUGUUGUAUGCGAGCAAAUGGGAGACUGAAUGUCAAACAUUCGUACUUUUGCACACACGACGUACCACCCAAAAUGUACCGUUGCACGGCUUUAGGAGGUGACAUCACAAUACGAUUUAAUUCAUUGCGCUCAGUAAAAAUGAAGGUGAAAUAUGCGUAUAGCCUGCUGGAUAAAUGCGCGAUGCUGCCCGAGGCAUGUGCGCUUGUUGGAUUUUGCCUUUCGCUUUCAAUAUUUUUGCUCCCUUUUCAUAGAUUCCUGCAGGGAAAACUCUUUGUUUUUUUCAUAAAUUCGCUAAACUCCGAGGUGUUGUACAACACAAAUAGCGAAUAUUCUUAUUCGUGCAAUGGUGCGAGAUUUCGCAUUCGGUGAAAGAAAGAAACACUAUUCAACUCGGCUCACGCCUCGUUGAAUAGAGCAUCUUUCUUUCACCUCAUGCGAAAUCUCGCACCAUCGCACUCAUGCCUCAUUCGCUAUUUGUAUAUUGAUUUUAAGUUGUGUUGAAAUUGAAAUUUACACCAGCACAGCCUAAAAGACCUUCCUGUAGAGGGAAUCAUAAAGUCGGACCUUGUUUAUCUGACCGGCCGUCUUGCAUUCAGGGUCCCCUUCUCCUGGCGAGCCCCUUCUGUUAUUCAUCCAAUUCACUUAAAAUGGGUCAUGUGGUCGAGUGGUUAGAGCAUUGGAUUUAUGAUUGUGAGGUUGUCAGUUCAAAUUCCUGCUGGGCCAUUAUUCAAUUCAAUUCAUCUAAUAAUAAUAAUAUAAUAAAGGGUAUUUAUAUUGCACACAUAUCCACCUUGUUAGGUGCUCAAGACGCUCCUAUAUUACCCGGCUAAGCUAGGCGUUCAUAGCGCACACAGCUUUUUAAGGAAUUACUUCCUACCGGUACCCAUUUAUCGCACCUGGGUUGAGUGCAGCACAUUGUGGAUCAGUGGAUUAAUAUAUCUAUUAAAUUAAUUUAUUUGAUUCCAAUAAAACAUACAUAUAUCAUGCAAUGAUUGCUUGAACAAUUUAACUUGAGCGAUAAAAAUUAGAAUAUAAUAUGCAAUGUAAGAUUAAAAAGAACACAUUGGUGGUCACAUUGGUUACCUCCACUUUAAUAAUAAAAAAGGCCAUAUAGUAAUUUCUGUUGCCUAUAAGGCUAGCCACUUCGACCGAUUAACUAAAAUGAAGAUUUACGUAAAAUAUUUUCAAUGUAAUUGUUUAUAGCCAGCUUGGUGUUGAUGCAGCAGAAAGCUACAGAGUUCCUGUGAGAGUUACUUUAUCAGAAUCAGAAAAACUUAAGAGCCUUGAUUUUUUAUAUUUUUAAACUAUAUUUCCAUCUCAGAAAAACACUAAAGAUAUUACUGAUUAUUCAUAAAUAAUAAUAAAUAUAUGUUACAAGAAGUAGUCCUUAAACACAAUCCAUUUCAUGGGCGUAAAUCCGUGACGUCAUGCUAUUCAAGUGGGGGGAUGGAACAAUAGAUCAUCUCCCCCUGAAAAAGGUGUGGCGCAAGGAUUUACGCCAGUGAUCCAUUUCCAUAGGAAUGGUUUCUUAACUGUAUUACCCUUAACUCUGGCCAGAUCGCCAAAUGCAGAUGGGCAAUGCUCCACUAUAGGGAUUUGUAUAUUAAUUUCACAUUCUAAAAAUGUACAUUUCCUGUUCAUAUUGACCCAAUUUCAAAUCAUCUGUUUCUAUUUUACUGCUUCCGAACAUGUUAAGUUAAUUGCAAUGCUUAGCUUGUCCUUUAAUCCUUUGAAAUUAUUUUGAUUCAAUUUAUCAGGAAACGGUAACAUUUGCAUACAGAAGCAAGCCCUCAAAAAGUGAAGAUAUUUAUUUGACUAAACAAGAUUUUGUUUGUAUCAUAGGCCAUUCAGAUCUUGUUUUCAAGAACCUUUCAUACUGAUUUACCAAUAAAUAGAGGGUGACAAAUAGUACAUGUUAUUUUGAUGAAAAUGUGAUGUUUUCUAUCCUAUAAGUUCCCAUAGUGUAUGUAAAGUUAAUCAUUUUUGGAAGAGAGUUUUCUGGAUGUAAGGCUUCAGGAAUGGCAGUUGUAAUUCAGAUUUCUUGGCCAUUCCAUCUAAAUAUAUGUUUCAACAUUAACGUACAUUUAAAUGGGAUGUUCAUUAAACUAUAAACUUAUAAUGGGGAUUUUGAAAAAUAAGGUCCCAUAUCCACACAAACACUUCUAUGAUUUUCAUGUACCUGUGUUAAAAAUAUUAUUUGAAAUAAAUCACUGCAAAUCAUUGUACAGUA